ACAUUCUUCCUGCGCUUGUCGUCCGUUCCAACCUCCGGCUCCCAAACCCUGCGCACUUCCCUCCCUCCCUCCCCACUGCAUUCCGCGCCUCGGGACGCCAUGGGGUGCUGCACCUCGUCGCAGAAGAAGGGCGCCGCGGCGGGGGACAGGAGGAAGGAGCCCGCCGAGAAGCCGUCCCAGAUCGCGCCGGCCGCCUCGCCAUCGCCCACGCCCUUGCCCUCAGCUGAGAUUUCUAGAUUAGAGGCCAGUCAGGGGGCCGUGCGCACUAAGUUUAUCUCAAGCCCUGGUCCGCAUACCAAUCGCCUAUCAUUCACCUACGAGGAGCUGAAUGCGGCGACAUUGGGCUUCCCACGAGAUCACUUUCUGGGAGAGGGUGGGUUCGGAAAGGUUUAUAAAGGUGUGCUGGACGGCAACGAGGUUGCUAUAAAGAUUCUCAACCCCAAUGGAUUGCAAGGGAACAGAGAGUUCUGCACAGAAGUUAUGGUGUUGAGCAGGAUGCAUCACCCGAAUCUUGUCAAGCUUGUUGGCUUCUGCGCUGAUGAUGAUCAGAGGCUUUUAGUCUAUGAAUACAUGCCUUUGGGUUCAUUGGAAACUCAUAUUUUUGAUCUCCCCCCUGAUAAGAAGCCUAUUGACUGGAAUACAAGGAUAAAGAUACUUGUUGGCGCAGCUCAAGGCCUGAAGCAUUUGCAUGUGAACUGUAACCCUCCUAUCAUAAACCGUGACGUGAAGUGUGCGAAUAUUUUGCUUGGUGAGGAAUAUCAUCCAAAGCUGGCCGACUUUGGCUUGGCAAAGCUAGGUCCGACUGGCGACGAUACUCAUGUUUCAACUAGAGUGAUGGGUACACCUGGGUAUUGUGCACCGGAGUAUCUUGAGAGCGGUCAGUUGACCAUCAAGUCGGAUGUUUACAGCUUUGGUGUUGUCAUAUUGGAGGUAAUCACAGGAAGAAAGGCUUUAGAUCAGAGUCGAAUCAAAGCUGAGCGUAGUCUUGCUGAAUGGAACUACUCCUUGCUUCUCCCCAAUGCUAUAAUGUCUAUACCAAGGACAACAUUGUGUUUACCUGAGAUAUCUUUGGCCACCCCUUUGAUCAACAGGAGGGAUUUUGCAAUGUUGGCAGAUCCAGCGCUUGGCAAUCAGUACAGCAUGACAUCAUUGUACCAGGUCCUUUCCGUUGCUCGAAUGUGCCUGAAUAAAACAGCCAGCCAGAGACCUCAGAUUACAGACGUAGCUGCCGCUCUCGCUCACAUCUCAAAGUCUAGAAGAACGCGGCGACUAGCCCACCAGCAGUCAGCAGCUCAAGUUCACCAACCCGGGGAAGAUAUAUAGGAGGAACUAGUAGUAUAUCAUAGUCAUGGGGACACCGGUGCAAAGCAAUGUAGUGUUUCUGGCUUUGUUAUGAUGAUCAUGAUGAUGAUACUGUGAUCAAGAACAUGCUCUACUCCCCAUUCCGAUAUGGCCGAAUUGCUGGAGGGGGGAAGUUUUGUUUGUAGAAACUAGAUAGAUAGAGUAGAGUAGGUGCAAAUAUCCCUGUGUCCCUUGCUGAGGGCCUGAGGCUUGUCAUAUGUGGUCUUGGAGACAUAGCUUCAUAGUAGUUGAGGAUACUUGCAUGACGCUUAAUCUUCGCUUCCUUCUCUUGUUGACAUGUUGCUGCUGUACGUGUGCUCUUCAACCUGUACCUAAAAGUGUUGGUUUUGUUGAGGUUGUGCCCCACAAA